UGGAGCCUGAGGGCGGCUGAAGGAGGAGGCGUUCCCGCGGAAGAAGGAGGAACCGAGCGGCCCGGAGCUACAGCUAAAAUGAUGCGCUCGCUCUUCCGGGAGAGUUUCUCCAAAGCCGCUUUUCACAGAAGAAUGUUUCAUUACCUGACGGAGGAGAGAGGCCGCCCGAACUCACCUGACUACCGCAUUUAUUUUAAAACCUCACAUGGGAAAUACAUUUCUCCGUUCCACGACAUCCCCCUCUACGCACCUGAGCAACAGGAGAAUGACGUCCCAGCGAAGAAACAGAAAUGCUCUGACAGUGAGAUUCUCUUCAACAUGGUCGUGGAGGUUCCUCGCUGGUCGAAUGCCAAGAUGGAGAUAGCCACAAAGGAAGCGCUAAACCCCAUUAAACAGGACGUGAAGAAAGGCAAACUGCGAUAUGUGGCCAACGUUUUCCCACAUAAAGGCUACAUCUGGAACUACGGCGCUCUGCCGCAGACCUGGGAGGAUCCCAAUCACACAGAUAAAGACACCAACUGCUGUGGAGACAACGACCCCAUAGACGUGUGCGACAUCGGCACCAGGGUGUGCUCCUCUGGCCAGGUGAUCCAGGUGAAGGUGCUCGGGAUUCUGGCGCUGAUUGAUGAAGGAGAGACGGACUGGAAAGUCAUCGCCAUCAACGCUGACGAUCCUGAUGCUAAUAAACUUCACAGUAUUGAGGACGUUCGUGUGAACAGACCCGGUCAUCUGGAGGCUACGGUGGAUUGGUUUAGAAAAUAUAAAAUACCUGACGGGAAACCGGAGAACCAGUUCGCCUUUAAUGCACAAUUCAAGGACAAGGACUUCGCUGUAGAGGUGAUUAAAUCCACACACAGCUGCUGGAAAGCUCUGGUGCAGAAACAGACGAAAUGUGGAGAGAUCGUGUGUCAGAACUCGUCGGUGUGUGACAGCCCGUUCCAGUGCAGUGACGCCGACGCCGCCGCAGUCGUCCGAGCUGCUCCAGAGUAUGGAGAAGCUUUACCAUUUCCUGCAAAAGUGGAUAAAUGGCAUUUCCUGUCCCAGUGAUCCUGAACGGUUCGAGCUCCGUCCCAGAUCUCACUCAGAACACUGACACAUGAAUUUAUUUAUAGAGUGGAAAUGUGUUCCUGUUUCCCAGAAGAGACACAAAUCAGCUUCACUUCAUUCGUGAUUUAGUAUUAUUUCAUCACCUAAAUUAUAAAUUCACUCUGCAUCACUUCAGCGAUUAAUGAUUCAUUUUUUUACUAGAUUAGCAAACUGAAUUUUGUGCCAAAACAUUUGGUUUAUAUUUUGAAAAAAAAAAAAAGAUUAUUUGUAAAAUUGUAUUUGGUGUAAAAAUAUAAUUUAAAAAUGGCAUUUACUGACACGAGAGAAAGGAAUCACGAGUCAACAUGAGCACUUGUGUUGAGAUAAAAGUUGUGUAUGCUCUGUGAGUCUUUACUUUAAAUCGAAGAAUUUUUUUUUCAAAGACGUGAUAUAAAAAGAAUAUUUAUUUUUCAAAAGCAACAAAUGUAUUAAAUGGGUAUAAUUUUGGGUGUAAUCUAUUGUUUUUGCUAAAUAAAUACACUAUAAAUGUCCUA